AAACACACGUGUCUUCUGUUAAAUUAUUACGACGUAAAAUCAUAAUGGCGAUUGAUGUGUACAAAUAAAAAACAACUACCAGAAUCAUUUAAUAUUAAUCAAAAAUAAGUACUAUAAUAAUAUUUAAUAAUAAUUUCAAAAAAUGGCUGAUGAAGUAAAGCAGUAUGUUGAAAAUAAAGAAUUACAAGAGCGAUGCAGCCAGUGGGUAGUUCAAAGCAUAUCCUCAUCAGCUGGAAGUUUGAACAUAAAUCAAAAAGGAGAACGCGAUAAAGAUAGUGAUUUUGAUGUAUCCGAGUGCUUUGACACUGAUUCUGAGUUUGAUUCAGUGUCUGAGUGUGGCGGAAAGAAACGUAGAUUAAACACUCACUCGAAAGAAGAAGUCUUGAAUUUAAUUUGCGAGUGGAAGGACUGUCAGUACACAUCCACAGUUGUAGAGCGUUUUGUUCAUCAUGUUGCCAACCACGUCACUGAUCUUGAAGUUAAAGUUUCCAGUGGUAGUAAAAAUAUUGCGACAAAUGAUAUUGAUGGUAGCAAUAAUGAAAAUAUUGUAAUAGUUGAAGAUGGAGAUAAGGAAGAAGAUGAUGCAUGCGAGAAAGGAGUGUAUGUUUGUAAAUGGAAACAUUGCGGGUAUGAAAAUGAUAGCACACCAGUUAUUAUUAAGCAUGUUAAUUAUCAUGCUUAUCACACUAAAUUGAAAUGCAUUGGUGCUAAUUUACGGAGUAAAAUUAAAUUACCAAAAUGUCAACGGGAAAGAUUAGCAGUAACAUUUGAUUCAUCAGUACUAUUAAUCUGCGACUGGGAAGAAUGUUUGAAGUCAUUCAAUAAUUUUCAAUUAUUUUUGUACCACGUUACUCAACACGCAGAGAAUAAUCCACGUGGUAACAAAGUUAAAAACGGUGUAAAGUGCCUCUGGACUGGAUGCAACAGCACUUGUUCGAGUGUUCACAAACUCAAGGAUCAUAUUAAAUGUCAUACUAAAGAAAAAGUUGUGGCUUGUCCAACUUGCUGUGCAGUGUUUGCGUCCAAUACUAAAUUUUUUGAUCACUGCCGCAGGCAAAUAUCUAUAGAAACUCAAGGAUUUCAAUGUUCUUACUGCACAAAAUUUUAUCCAACUGAAAAUAUUCUACGUGAACACAUGAGGUUUCAUAUAUUCAGGUACAAAUGCAAAUUUUGUGACAUGAGUUGCGAGUCACCAGCGUCUUUAGCUAAGCACGUUAGAUAUCGACAUGUCAGUACACGACCAUUUCGCUGUCAAUUGUGUACCCAUGCUGCUAAAUCAGAACAAGAUUUGGAUUCACACAUGACAGUACAUACCAAUGGACCUAACUUUUAUUGUAAUAAUGAAGGUUGUUCUUAUACAUGUAAAAAUGCUUAUGUAUUGGACAGGCACAUUGAACGUGUCCAUAGAUCAGAAGUCAGAUGGUAUUGUUGUCACGAAUGUCCAAUAAAAUAUCGAAGAAGUUACAACUUAACUAAACAUUUAAUGAGAGCUCAUAAUCUCCGAUGGCCUGACGGCCAUAAACGGUUUCAGUACACAAGGGUUGAGGAUGGCUGUUACCGAUUACAAAUGGUACGAUAUGAAUGCAUUGAUGAAGAAGAAGGCGGUGCGAAUGAUUUGGUUAUUGAAGAGUCUGAGUUACCGUCAAAGGAUUAUAAAAUAAAAAUUAAUACUGAUUCACGUAUUCCUAAUAUUGAAAUUUUUGAAGACAAUGGUGACGACACUAAUACACAAUUAGAAGUAAAUACAGAUGUUGAAGACAGUGUUGGCAAAUCCAUGCCAUCAAUAUCAAAUAUUUUAAUUUCUAUUGACGAAGUUGAUGAAGAUGGUAAUAUUAUCAAUCAUCAAGUAUUUGAAGCCCAAGAGACCAAAACUUUACCAUCUUCAGAUGGAUUACCUGUUAUUUUAGGUGUUUAAAUUUUAGAUUUAAACUGCACUGUGAAAAAAAAUUUAUUU